AUGACAAAAUGAUUUCCUUCGUUCUAUUCUCUAUUCUUUUCAUCGCACCCAGUUUUGCAGAUGACUUAACAUGUCCCAACUCACCUAUAACAAGUAACGUUCCAUCAGGGCAUUUUCCAUUAAAUGGUUUAGCAAAGUUUCCUGCAAAUUAUGAUUGCUCCGUUGAGUUUGAAAUUCCCGAUGGCCAAGUUAUCAAGUUUAUUGUUCAAACAGAUGCAUUAUUUGAGAAUCUGGACAGUUUUGUCAUUCGGGAUUCCAGAUCUACACUUUAUAAAAUGGAUGUUGGAGAAUCAGUUUUCUUUGCAGCGGCCAACAACUCAAAAGUAUAUAUUUCCACAAACUCGGGCAAAGCUAGUUUCUAUUUUUCCUGGCAAUAUAUUGAUGUUUCGAAGUUCACUCGCAUUCAAAAUCCAACUGGAACAGUGUUAAAUUUGAAUCUAACUGCCAAUAGUUUCUAUCAGUUUGUUUCAUCAGCUGAUCAAGUUGCAUUCCAUACUUCUGCAUUGGGAAUUCUUUCAGACAGUUCUAUUUGGAAGAUUUACGUGUAUGAUGGGGAAGAUUUGAAUGCAAAAUUCAUGGGGAAUCUGAAGCAAUUUACAAAUAUUGGUAGCUCGUCUACCCGGAAAUCGUUGUCACUUGUGAACUUUUACGAAACUCCUUCACAAUCAUACGGCAUUGCUAAUGACUAUUCAAUUGUCUCUAGAUACAAGGACUACUCAUUAAGGAUAUUAUCAAGUGGAUCUGACUUUUUCGAGCGUUUCUUCGUCCCGGAUGGAGUUAAAUCUGCUGUCACAUUUUUCUGCCCUGAUUCAAUGGAAACGUAUAUCACUGGUCUUACUAUCGUCAAACAAAAUUUUCCUGGCGAAAAAUUUGUCAGUUUCACUCCACUCACACCGACACACGCUUACUCAAAUGUUUUAGCUUACAGUGUGGGCGACCCAAUAUAUCGAAGCUUGCCACAACAGAUUUUAUCAGAUACAUUUACAAUGGUUGCAUAUCAAUCAGCUGUUUCCUUAUCACUAACUUGUGGACCUUAUCCAAACUGGGGUUAUGUCUUUCCUGGAAGAAGAGGGUAUAUCAUUUCUCCGUCGAUCUGGAAUCCUACCACCCUGAAAACUCCUUCAUAUUCUACUAAUUUCACUUCUUCUGAGACUGUACGUUUCAAUAUAAACCUUCCCGAUGUAGUGAUUGGUGAUCCCGGAGCUAAGAUCAGAGUCGAAUUCGGAGCUCCUGGCAAAACUCCAGUUGGAGUAGAGUUUAAUGAAACUACGUCAGGUGCGGGUGCUAGAUCUGCAAAUGCAACAUAUAUGUCUGUUACAUUCGAUGGAACGACUGUGAAAUCAUCGUUCUCAUUUGUUUUUAACGUAGAGAGUUUGUUUCCGAGUACGUCUACAACAACGGACACUCCAUUUGAAACAACAACAAAAUCUUCAGCAAUUAUUUUUAAAUGUUCAAUGGUUUUCAUUAUCCUUGUUAAAUUUUUAAAUUUUUAAUUACGAUUUUCGUGUUAAAUAAAUGAUUUCCGUUCAAU